UCAGUCGCUCGCCGAGCGGUCAGGCGGAGACUGCUCUCGGCUUUUUUCCCCUCCUGCCUAAGGAUCUCCUGCGGAGAGCUGUAACAAUGCCCAAAAGAAAGGCUACAGGUGAUGUGAGUCAGGAGCCAAAGAGAAGAUCAGCCCGACUGUCUGCUAUGCCUGUGCCCUUUACACCAGAGUUGAAACCUAAAAGAGCAUCGACUUCAAGGAAAAUGAAGACCACAACUGUUGUGGUGGAGGAAAACAAAGAUGCAGGUGCCGUAAUGAUUCCCGAAACCAAGCCAGACAAUGUUAAAGAAGAAUGCAACAUGGAAAAUGCUGAAAAUGGAGAAGCCAAAAUUAUUGAGGCACCUAUUCCUAAAAUGGAAGCUGAAGAAGUAAAAGAAGAGAUGAAUGAAGAUACAGAAGAAGAUGGAGGAGACAAGAAAGAAGCAGUGGCAGCAGAAGGAAAAGAUGAUGAGUUAGAAGAAAGCAUUCAAAUAGAGAAAGAUGAAGAUGGAAAAGAGGGCAAAGAUGAAAGUGAGGAGGUGGAAUGUGGAAAAAAGGAAGACAUCCUAGAAGAGAAAACAAGUGCAGCAGAAAGCGAAGAUGGAAAGGAAGACAUAGAUGAUGAAAAGAAAGGAGACAAUGAAAAAGAAGAAGAUGACAAAGAAGAAGGAGAUGAGAAGAAGGAAGAGGAGAAAGAUGAGAAUAUUAAAGCUGAGGAGGAAGGAAAAGAACAGGAAGAGGAAAAAGAAGAGGAAGAUGGAAAAUGCAAAGAAGAAGAAAAUAAGGAAGAUGGAAAGGAAGGUCAGCGUGAGGAAGAUGGAAAAGAGGAGGAAGAAAAAAAAAGAGGUUGCUGGUGA